UAUGUCCAUGUUUUGCCGGCCUUGUGUCAUGCUCUUCUCCUUCCAGGUUGCUCAAAGGACAGAGCGCCUGCGAGAAGUUUCCAAGCCUGUCAGGGAUGAGGACAUGAUCAGGCGCACCACAUCAUUCCGAAGGGCACUGUCGGCGACGGACAUGGCGAAUCAGGGCGGCCUGAUGCCCGGCAUGGCGCCCGUGAUCCGCGCCCCGCCGCGCACUCGCGGUGGCAUGCACUCGAAGACCAUGUCGCUGGGCCAGGGCAUGGCGGCGGCCGAUCUCAGGAUAUGGGGCUCCGGCGACAGCCUGGUGUACACCCCGUACGGCUCGCAGAACAGCCUCAGGGGAGGCCGCACGGGCUACGACUCGGACGCCUCGGUCGUCUCCGAGCCGCCCAGGCACUGGCGAUACAGCAGGCCCGCAGUGCGAGUUGAAUCAGAGAACGAAUCCAGCAAUCCAGGGAGCACGGAAGACGUCACAACAGCAACAAAGCACCGCAAGACGCUCAAGGAGCGCCUAAAGCUGCUGAAGAAGCCAUCAACUCACGAGCCAAAGCAGGACUCCGGUAAGAACUACGUUGCGACAGGUAACAGCGUCAUCAUCAUCAUCAUCCCUACCACCAUCAUCAGCGUCAUCAUCACCCGAACUAUGCCUACUGCAGAGGAGCGAGGACCACUGUAA